CGUGCGCCGCGGCCCUCCCGCCACCGGGACUGGGUCUUCCCGGGCUCGGCAGCUGGUGUCGAUUUCUCUGCGCUUUUCGGCUGCCUGGCACGCCAGUGCCCUUCGGCUCCCGCCCGGCCCUCUCCCGGUCAGCCCGGCGGCGGGGCCAUGGCGUGGCGGCGGCGGCGGCCCGAGGCCCGCAGCGGAGCCCGCGGCGCGCUGGCGCUGCUAGCGCUGGCCCUGUGUGCGCCCGGGGCCCGGGGCCGGGCGCUCGAGUGGUACUCGGCCGUGGUGAGCACCGAGUACGUGGACCCGCAGACCAACCGGAGCGUGCGGAGCGUCUCGGAGAGCGGCCGCUUCGGCGAGAGCUCACCCAAGGAGGGCGCGCGGGGCCUGGUGGGCGUCCCGCGCGCCGAGGACCGCGACCCCGAGGGCUGCGCGCCCCGCACGCGCUUCCUCGUGCCCGGCGGCCGGGGAGCCGCGCCCUGGGUCGCGCUGGUGGCGCGCGGGGGCUGCACCUUCAAGGACAAGGUGUUGGUGGCGGCUCGGCGGAACGCCUCGGCCGUGGUCCUGUACAACGAGGAGCGCCACGGGAACCUCACCGCGCCUAUGUCCCACGCGGGAACAGGAAAUAUAGUAGUCAUUAUGGUUAGCUACCCCAAAGGAAGAGAAAUUGUGGAUCUGGUGCAGAAAGACAUUCCGGUCACAAUGACCAUAGGGCUCGGCACCCGGCACGUACAGGAGUUCAUCAGCGGUCAGUCUGUGGUGUUUGUGGCCAUCGCCUUCAUCACCAUGAUGAUUAUCUCAUUAGCCUGGCUAAUAUUUUACUAUAUACAGCGCUUCCUAUACACUGGCUCACAGUUUGGAAGUCAGAGCCAUAGAAAAGAAACAAAGAAACUUAUUGGGCAGCUUCCUCUUCAUACUGUAAAGCAUGGAGAAAAGGGAAUUGAUGUUGAUGCGGAAAGCUGUGCAGUGUGUAUUGAAAAUUUUAGAGGAAAGGAUGUUAUCAGAAUCCUGCCAUGCAAGCAUAUUUUUCAUAGAAUAUGCAUUGACCCAUGGCUUUUGGAUCACCGAACGUGUCCAAUGUGUAAACUUGAUGUCAUCAAAGCCCUGGGAUAUUGGGGAGAGCUUGAGGACGUGCAGGAGACGCCUGCCCCAGAAUCGCCCCCCGGGGGCGUUUCGACUGCAGAUCUGAGUCUUACUUUACCGGAUGGUGACAGAAGUGACGCGGGCAGCUCAGCACUGCCCACCACCAGCGACUCCGCGCCACCUUGCGAGGCCAGUUUUAAAGAGGAUGCAGGUGAAAACACGGCCUUGCUGGAGACAAGCAGGAGUGACCCUCAGCGUGAAGGACCUGUCUCCUAGCGUACAACCUGCUGGCAGUGUCACGGACAGAGCUUGGGCUUGAAUUAAAGGACAUUUUAUUUUUUUUUUUACUUUAGCACACAGUUUGUAUGUGUGAAAAUAAUGUACAUUCUUUUACCUUUCAGGUUCUGGUUUGAUACACAAAGGGCUAAGAUACUUUAUUCUUCAAGAGAAUUUUUGAUUAGUCUUCGUGCAUUUAUCUACUAAAAUGUAUCGUAAGAUUCUUUCUUCUCAAGGAUGGUUCUAGACUAAGCACACUGAAUUCAGACUAGUUCAAAUGGAGUUGUGUGAUUAUAUUCAGUAGUUGAUCACAUGAGUUUCCCUGGAGGAAAGACUUUUUUAGAACAUGAAACUUGUGAAUGUGAUGAGAGAAAUCUAUCGCUUCCUUGCACCUCUGUACUAUAGAGAGAUUUCCAAACCUUAGAGCACUUUCAUUGUUGUUGUUUAUUUGGAGUUACGGGAAAAGCACUGGUUGACUUUAGGAUUUGCAUUUCUCCCUCUCGUUACCUAAUUUCUUCUAACAACCUUGAUGGGGAGGAAAGUUUUGUCCAUUUUUUUCUAUACGAAUAAAAAAAGCUACGAUUCCGUAUUGCGCACGAGCAUGAAGUUCUUCAUUGCUUGUUAAAGAAAUGGAGUAGACAGACUCUGAUAUGGCGUUUUUGGGGGUAAAUGGUGAAUAUGCUGAUUCCAACUGCAGUUUAAUCUUUACAAUGAUAAAGCGUGGUAGAUGGGGACUUUCCAUUGCUGUUGUAACAAAAUAAACAAGUAACCGGUUUCCUUGAUUAAUUUUAAAGCAAACUUAAUGGCGGUGACCUUGUUUAAUCAUCUCUCCUCUAUACUCUCGUUUGCUGUUCUUCCUUGGCAGUGGAGGUGGAGGGAGUGGGCUGUUCAAGCUUUCGGGGAUCGCUUUAUCAAUUGAUAAAGCGAUUAAACAGACACACACACUGUCCUCACUUCUUAGAGGUGGAAGUCAAGGAUGAGGAAGAGAUUUUUUUAGAACUGAAAUUGUGGCCCUUUUUCGUUUCCAAACUAGUUACUGUGUGUAUCUGUGUGGGUAAAAAUACAUGUUUAUUAAGAAUAUAUAAUUUUUAAAAUUUAAAUAAUUUAUUUUUAUAGCUGUAUCUAAGAUGUAAAGUUUAUAUAGCUUAUUUUUUUCAAACUAUUUACUACACUUUGAUUCCAGCCACUCAGUGAAAUACUAGGUGAGUAAACAGUGUUUACCGAACGAAGUAAACUGAGGCCAGUUUCCAUGUGAGGAGCUGUUGGAAUAGAAGUUGUCUUACUUUGAGCUCUCAUUUCAACAGACAGCCUCAGUAGGUUUCCAUAAUAGCAAUUAUCUUUGAAAUCCGCCUUCUGUGGUGCAUUGUGGAUAGGAAAAUAUGUCCUUGAUUUUAUACUGAGUAGACUGUUUGCUCUUUGUAUUUUAACACACACAGUAGGGAAAGAUGCUUUAAUUCUUCGCAGUAGCCAAUGAAGCUGACUUUUAAAAAGAAUACUGUGACAGAUCAAGGUAAAUUGUUUUUGAUGAUUAUGGAAGUGUGAGUUCUUAAUCAGUGGCUGUCAGCUAGAGCUUUCCUUAAUUCAGAAGUUUGAACCCUAAGUUAUAAAUAGAAGAGACUGGAAAAAUUAUAGUACUCUUAUUUCUAGAAACACAAGUCUUUAACAGCAGAUAAAUUAGCAAGAGAAGACAGAAAACUUCAGUACUUCGAAAGGAAAAUGUUUCCUUUGAUACGCUUUUCUUAGGUGGAAAUAAACAUGAUAACGGGUCAAAUAUUACUAGAAUUUUUGCUGAAAUAUAAACUUGAUAAAAUGCUGGGAAUCUGGGGAAUGUCAAUGAAGAAAGAUUAGUAAAUGAGAGAUGUAGUCAAGGUUAUAUUAUUUAUGGCAGUAAUCGAUUUCCUUCUGACAGUUGUCAUGAAGACCAUUUCUUCACAAAUAAUGUAGAGACAGUAUUUUUUCUUUUUAACUGAGAGCCUCAGGCAGGCCGUGGAGGAGGGCAGUGUACCCAUGGAUGUGAACACCCCGCAGGGUGUUGCCUGCCAUUGCUGCUUCCGGGCUUCCCAUCAGAAAGCCACGACGCCCAGAGGGGAGGCGUACACACAGCACCUGGAGCAGGUAAUUUGAAGAUACUAAAGCUACAACAGAUUGGAACUAAAAGUCCAGAGAAUUCACGGUGUGGUUUUUAAAAAACAUGACAGUUAAACUGAACUCGUUUGAUGACACUUAAAAGUUGACUGCAGUUUAUUGAACCCCAGGAUUAUUGCUUCUCUUAUUUCAGUCCCACACGUCCGAAAUGUUGUGCUUCUCGUUGGUGAUCUCGGUUUGGAACGGACCCCAGGCACAGUGUCGUCGCCCUGGCCGCUGCUCCUGAGCGCUGGUCUACACUUAGCAUUACAUGUGCAAUACGCAUUGAGCACCACGUCCCUGUGUGUUCCUGGCUGAAUCAGAAUUCAUAGUUAUCGUCCAAGCUCUAACAACCCGGGCAGUUAUUCUGUCCACGUAAGUACCGCUUACUAACCUGAUUACACACAAGUGCUAUGCAAGGAACGCAUGUGAAGAAAGGCGUGGUAGUCACUGAACAGGACAGUGCUAACGUGUGGCGUUUGCACAAAGAGUGAUGUAAGUCAAAGACUCGGGAAAAGUCAACAGGGCAAAUGACUUAAAUGGAAACCCAAGGAGAGAAGUGGUGUCCUUCCAACUAAGUGGAUAAUCUGAGUGAACUGUGGAAUCGGGGACUGGCGUGGCACACUCAGGAGCUGGUGGGAAAGCCCUGGCUGGAAGGUAGCAAAAGGCACCUUGGCCUAGAGUCUUCAAGGGGCGGCUGGUGUUCUCCAAAGGAUUCUGUGAAAUGUUUUAAGGUGGGGUGGGGGGAGGGUAAAGUAGGAAUUUCAUGCUCAGAUAAAGGUGUGUGCUACGCUAACUAUACAGUAUGAAUUUCCAAAAGUUUUCUAAACUUAUUUGAUUAUAGAACUUUUUUCCUCAAGGCUGAGGAACCCGUGCUCCAAGGAAACACAGCCAUAGGCUACCGGCGACACACCUGUGGGUGAUGCACCAUGAUGGGGGUGGCGCACACAGAGCAGACCCUGUCCUUGAAAUUACUUCUGCACCACUGAUAAAAAGAUGGGUAUUCUUGGACUAAGUGCCUAACGGCUGGUUUAGACGGGAAGCGGGCACUUAGAGCAUGGUCGGCCCAGAGGCCCCGAGCAGGAGGCAGUCCCCAAAGAGGAGUGAGUCUCAGUAACAGGGAAAGGCCGAAGGCCUGGAUGAGGGCGCAGAAAUGAAGCCGCAGGUCAGCAAGUGGCCAGCCGGUUUUGCCGGCACAGAAAGUAAAAGGUGAAUACCUCGUGCUUCCCUCCACAAAUCUGCGCUCUCCUACACACACACACUUGGGAUCCCUCGGCUUCCAGCCAGGCUUUUCCCACCAGCUGAUUAUAACUUCAUUGUGUUUUUUUUUGCUUUCGGGGGGGGGGGGGUUUGGCUACACAAUGUGGUUUGCAAGAUCUUAGUUCCCCCACCAGGGAUGGGACCCGGGCCCUUGGCAGUGAAAGUGCAGAGUCCUAACCACUGGACCGCCAGGGAUUCCCAGGACAUAUUCUUUAGUACAGCUUUAAGUAGGUUAAAAAACAAUUAAUCCCCAACUUACAAACGAGUGAGUGUUCAAAAGAUGUGCUCUAAUUGAAGUGCAGUUGCGCAGCACUCAGAAUGGACCUCCCCAUGAGCAGAAAAACUAUGUAAUUUAGGCCCCAGAACAGGACACCACAGGGAGCGGAGCUGACGAUGAGAAGCGUAAACUGGGACCACAUCAGGCAAGCCUGCACAUACGGCUACACUACCCACAGCUUAAUGAACGUUCUCCGGAAAAGCACAGAUCACAGAGAUCAUCGGGGAACAUCAGGAACCACAGCCCCACCCAGCGCCGAGGGGAACAGAUGCCUGAGAGGGGGACGGGCAGGGGGGAAGGUCUGUCUGCCCCGCACACUGCACACACUCAAAUAGGUGUCCUCAAAGACAGUUUCUUCUGCCAAAUUGGUACAUUCUUAAUGUUCUGUGCUCCUUCCCGUCUCCUUGUAUGUACACAUGUACUGUUUCAUGAUGGCCUGGUAAGCAAAAUGAACUACGCUGGAGAUGUAUCUUCUGGCAAGUUCUCAUGUGAAAGUGUACUAACUGAAGAAUAAAGUUCACCAACCGGAA